UCACACCUAUUUUUCCUAAUUAUGCUUAUUAUGGAUAUCCCUUAUUAUAAUAUAAGAUACCUACCUUGUACAGUCGCAGGUAGUUGCAAGCAGUCCUUUACCCCUAAGAUAAAUACCCCCUGUCCCACCUCCCACCACUGUUGACAUGCUCAAGAUAGACAUACUGAUAGUGGAUGGAUGGAUAGAUGUACUUAGAAAUGCCAUGUGUGAGCAAAUAUCCCGGCAGUAACGCACCAAGGUCAAAGGUCAUUUAGCUACUACGGUUAGUGGAGUAUGCAAUGAAGCUACGCCCCCGCUUCCCGAAGCAAUUAAAAGUUGGAGGCGAACACCGUUACUGAUCCUAUACGGAAGUGCCCGGAAGCCAAUAAUUGAACUUCAAUUAUCAUGACGUUUGAGUGUCAUUUACUCAAGAGGGCGUUGCAAUACCUUCGUAGCGUUCCCUCGAACAUAUCUCCGGAAAGAAAGUAGCUAGGAGGUCGAUCUUGGUAUCAUUUUGAAGCUUAAAGGACGCCCUAUCUGAUUCAACAAUAAAAACUGAUUCGAAAAUGCCCGCGUUAAGGUCCCUUUUCAUUGGCACUGUCACAUAUUACCAAUAGGGAAAACAACACAGUUGUUGUGCUACGACAUCAAGACAGAGAAGACGCUCGUGCAAUUCCACAAAUGGCUGCAGACAAUUGACGGGAGGAGCAAGAAAGAGACAACAGCCACACAAGAGGCUCGAGAUGUCAGCAAGUUCCUCCACCAAGCUCUAGACUGGGACAUCAUAACAGAUCGAACCAAACUAAGUAACUAUGUAGACACUUUGAAGAAGUGCAACCUCCAGCCAUCAGGUAUCAUACAAAAGCUCGAGUAUUUCGAGGAUGGCUUAAAGUUUUAUAGGAUACACCUCGUUAAACCAGAGUCAAGGAAGUUCCGAGAGGCACUGCAGACCUCAGAGGUAAUACGUAACUGGAGGUCGGUUCUCAGGAAGGACAAAGGCAUGCAGCAUAUCCAUAACAUGGAGAUCCAAUCGGAUGGUGCAAGGACAAGCAUCCAGGACGCCACAGAGAUCCUCCACAACACCUCAGUGUGGGAGUUCUACAGGUCGGUGGUGGCAACUGCCAGUCAUGGAGGUGCAGGAGUCAUGGACCAAAGGACGCUGGAUUCGGCCACCUACCUCCUGGCGCAUGCUGUCAUGGUGAACUCCACACAGAGGUCUGGUGCCGUAAUAAGCAUGACAGUCGACGAGUUCGAGAACGCCAAUAAGGAGACGUGUUUGGAGGGAGAUGUGUGGGUAGUCCGGAGCCACAAGCACAAGACCCAGGCACAGGGCUCGGCCACUCUUAUAUUCACAGCCAACCUCUACAAGUACACGAAGGACUACCAGCAAUUCAUAAGGCCGCAUCAACUGGGCACCAAGGAAACGCACACGUUUUUCUUGACACAUGGAGGGAAGGAGAUGGACCACAUGGCCAGAAAGGAGAAGGUCGAGGCAAAGAAACACAACUUCCAGUUUGUCAACUCCACCGAGAUGAGAAAAGCGGUGGCCACCGAGGCCACAAAACACCUGGAUCCGGAACAGAGGAACAUUAUCGCUCAACAAAUGUCUCACAGCAGGUACACAGAGGACUUGCACUAUAACAAAGAUAUUCAUACGACAAAGUCGGCUGUCGAGGCAUACCAGUUGGUCAAGGCGGCUGGAGAAGCAUCUGGAGAAGCAUCUAACACCCCUGCCCCUGCCCCUCCUUCCCGGAAGACUAACAAGACUAAAACUACACAGAAAAGGCGAUCCUUCACUGCCCGAGAAACAAAAUUGGUUGAAGACUGCUUUAGCCAGAGAAUCCAAAAAGGUCAAACACUAUCCUUCAACAAGACGCAGUGAAGUUCUUGAGUGAACACCCAGAAAUCGACCGGAAUGCGAAACAAAUCGUAGACAAGGUCCGAAACCUCAGUCAUUAUUAUCAAUGACCGUUAACUUAACUCUCUUGACUAUUUACUAACUUACCAAUGGUUGUAACAUUUCUUAUACCUAACCCUAUAUCAUACAUUGUUUUGUGUUAAGGUUAUUAUGUUAAUUGCGUUAUUAUGA